ACACGCAAGUUAUUGGCGUGGAAACGUAUGACAUCAACUAAGUAGGACGCUAUAGAUUUGAGCUACAAUCAGAGACUUGUAUUAUCAGAAGAAAAUGGCUAGUAUAUUUCGAUUUUAUAUGGAACAAAUAGUUAGAUUAGCUGUCGUAUUUCUUGCAUGGUAUUGCAUUGAGGCAGUACAUAAUCAGCAGUCCUUGGACCUUUAUAGCAAGACACCAAAAAAUAUUCCAAGUAACGCUUAUGGGCAAUUACCGCUGUACAGGAGCAAAUCAGAUGCCUUAUUUCGACAACAACCUUCCCAGCCAAAGCUCGAACAAUUUCAACAGCAGACGAGCUCAGCAGAAAACGUGCAAACAAAAUCAGGUCGAGUUAGCGAUUCAUCUGGUCGAUACUGUUUGUUUGAGACUUCACGCCAAGUGCCAUGCCCCGUAGCUGUACGCAAGAAAGUACAACAGAAAUUCCAUUAUUAUUGUGGCUCGCUGUAUAAAAAGAUAUGUUCAGGAUACAGAGCUGUUUUCGUUCCUGAAUACAAGAUACAGAUGAAAACUGUUUACACCACUGUUAGAGAGUGUUGUCCAGGAUUUACUGGCCCAAAAUGUGAAAAAUCAUGCUUUAACUGUUCGAUGAUACAGAGAUGGACAAAGAGAUUAGAAACUGUUGAAAAGAAAUUGUCUGGUGGACGAGGCGUUGAUGUUACAGAGCCAAGUCGAGGUCAAACCGGGCCUCAAGGUCCACGGGGAGUCCCUGGUCCAAGAGGAAUACCAGGAGCACAGGGUCCACGAGGACAAAAUGGCCCCCCAGGACCACCUGGGAAACCAGGAGAAUCUGUUAUCGGCCCACAAGGACCUGUGGGACCGCCGGGUAGACCAGGAGUUGCCAUAGGUGAGCCUGGGCCUCCGGGACCUCAAGGACCACCCGGUGUUCCAGGAUUACCGGGUGCUCCUGGGACACCAGGAGGAAAAAUCCCAACAGGAGGUGAAAAAAAGGCUGUUACGUCUCCAGAUAUGAAAGACGUCAUGGAACAGUUUUCAGCUAUGCUUUUCAGGAUUCAACAACUGGAGGAGAGAGUGAACGCCUGCAAAUGCCCAGUACGACGUGAACCAGCCGUAMGACCAACCCAAAGGCCUCCAACAACAACACAGGACUAUGACAUGUUUGGUCCACCUGCUUAAAAUGAUGUCAAUACGUUAGGCUGAGUUGACAAUCUCUUUAGAUUUAUUUUGGGCAAUUUGAAUCAAGAAACUCUAGAACUGCGAUGUUUUAACACUUAAAAGUGUUCCUGUAUACGAGAAACUUACAGCAGCUGGAAUCUCUAAUAUCUGCAUGAUGCUAGGAUAUCUAAAUGCUUGGCUUAAAACAGCUUCAAUCAGAUAUUUAAUGCCGCGGAACCUGAAUAUAAAAAAACUUCGUUUUGUUUUUAUGACAAAAAUUCAAAAAUGAAUGGGUGUCGUUAGGGGACAGGGAACAAACCUUAUAGAACAAACCAUUUCACAAUAAAUUCUAACUUGUUAAGAUACGGUUAUAAUUAAAAACAAUGAAAAGCUGGAA